AGCAUCAUGGCCAGAACCAAGCAGACCGCUCGUAAAUCCACCGGUGGCAAAGCCCCGAGGAAGCAGCUCGCCACCAAAGCCGCUCGUAAGAGUGCACCAGCCACUGGUGGCGUGAAGAAACCUCAUCGUUACAGGCCCGGGACCGUGGCUCUGAGAGAGAUCCGUCGUUACCAGAAGUCCACCGAGCUGCUUAUUCGCAAGCUGCCUUUUCAGCGCCUGGUCAGGGAAAUCGCUCAGGACUUCAAGACAGACCUGCGUUUCCAGAGCUCCGCCGUGAUGGCUCUGCAGGAGGCUAGCGAGGCUUACCUGGUCGGUCUGUUCGAGGACACCAACCUGUGCGCCAUCCACGCCAAGAGGGUCACCAUCAUGCCCAAGGACAUCCAGCUGGCCCGCCGCAUCCGCGGAGAGCGCGCCUAGACGUUGCCUGGGAUCAUUUGACCUCGAAACUCACAAAGGCUCUUUUAAGAGCCACCUCACUGUUUCAACCAAAAGACA